GCAAAACUCGGCUAUGUUGUCCAAGCGCAAAUGGUGAAGGGCCGGCAGCCCAAAGACCGAGGCUCGUCCGAAGUGUUAGGUGAAAAGUGUAUAAAAGUACUACGCCCUGGUGAAAUUGCAAACAGUAGUCAGUGCAAUUUCCUUCCAAACACAUUUCCUCGUAGGCGAGCGGCGUCGGCGUAGAAAGGCGAAAGGCGAUCCACCAUCGCCUCGUUCCAGCUGCAUUCUGGGAGCCGUUGGAAAUAGUUUUAAACUGAAGGAGUAGCAGCAGUAAGCGAAGAACUUUUCCUUCUCGACAGAAACAGUGAAUUGUGUUGACCAAUCAAAUGGACUGUGAAUAGAGUGUUCUCGCAGAGGAACCUUGAAAGUGUGCGGUUGGCGAAGAUGUGGAAAAUCCUUUAUCUAUUCACGCUCCUAUCAUCGUGUCAUCUGAGAACGGGGACGGCAGAAUCGUACAUUGACAAUGUCAUCGAAGAGCAGCACAAACUCAUCAAUGAGAUGAAUCAAAACUUCACAGAUUUGGAAAAGGCCAGUGAAAAACUUAUAAACUUAGGAACGUUUAUCGGAAGUCAUAAAGUACCACCCAAAACUGUAAAAAUUACGAAUACUGUUGCGGUCAAGGUACCCGUGCCAUACCCCGUGAAAAUUCCUCAUCCUGUCCCAGUACCGGUCCCGGUCACAAAGGCGAUCCCCGUUCCGGUAACAAAACUCAUCAAGGUUCCCGAACCAUCUCCGACACCAACCGCUUCAAGCUAUGCUACCACACCGGAGGCAAUUCCUACGGCUGUGGCCCUUACGAGUAGAUCUUUGGGACCAACUGGGGUAUCCCACUUGCUAGAAGGAGAACAAGACACGGCACAUUCAAAUAACAACGAACAGGUUGAAGAGUUUGUACGGUCUUUGCCGGUGCAUUCCGUAUAUGACGUUGGAUCAGAUUACAAUCCUUACAUGGGAAAUCGAUUGGCAGUAUCUAAACAAGUCGGUUCGGCGUCCGAAGUAAAACCCGCGAAAUAUCGUGAGUCAGAAUUGCAACAAUGGCAGGAAUAUCGAGAUUCAAGACAGAAAUAUGAAUCCGAGAAGCAUCACUACGCGGGUUAUCGAUCGACAACCAAGGAGUAUGCAACCGCAAGUCCCUCUCAGGCAUAUCAUGAAUACGCUUAUUCUAAUGGACAAUCUGAGGCAACGCCUUCCUCAGGUCACAAUUUCCAUCCGGAAGUCAUUCCAAAUUCCUAUAAAUCUCCUACGAAAUCAACUUAUUUCUCGAAGGAUUAUGAAAAGUAUCCUACUCCCAAAUUUCCACGACCGACUAGUUCAGCAUUCCCCACUAAUCCCACAUACAGUACAAAAGAGGUUAACUAUGAAGACGAUGAGCAUCGUUACGGUGAACACGACUACAAAUCACAUCAUCAACAGGCAUCUCCUACGGCAGUAGCUUUCCAAACUGUACGAGACUCCUAUCCCCGCUAUGAAAAACCCAAUUUACAGCAUUAUCAAUACGAAAAACCUACAGCUGAAAGUUAUCGAAAUGGCUUCGAAAGAGAAUCAGCAAGCGAAAGCCGCCCUCAGAAAUCCCAAAAGUAUUUAGAACAUUAUCAAAAACCAACUGCCAUAAGCUACGCUUCAAAAUACCAUGAUGAAGAACAUAAAGAAGUGGCUGAGCCUUCGGCACAUUAUAAACACUAUGAGCAACAUAGCGAAUCCUAUCAGACACAUGACGAGACCUAUCCAGAACACAGAUCUCCUUCCGAUCAUUACGAUUCUCCAGACCUCUAUGCUAAGCCCAGUGCCACUCCCGAGGCCUAUUCUCAAUACGAAUCCAAUGACCCUCAAUACACUCCUCAAGAGUAUAAGACAUACUAUGCGAAACCAACUCCUGUUUCCGAAGCUCUCACUUACCUAGAAGAUAAGGAACCUUCGCACCAUACAGAACACGUUGUGCACGUGAAGCCUCUGAACUACCACUACGAAACCCAAAAUGAACACAAAUCUCAAUACCCUUCAAAAUCAAACGCCAUCCCCUACAAUUUCCCAAGUGACUCCCAUCUGCAUCCAUCCUAUUCUGAAUCAGCACCAGGCAAGCACAAACCUCAGCACUAUUACCCAUCUAAUCAAGAUCACUCCUCGUUCGAUGAAGAAUCGAAACCUGAGCACAAGUACUAUCACCACCCACACUAUCACCAAAACCCAAGUCCUUCCCCGUCGACCCACAUAACAUCCUAUGACCAUGCGGAGGCCAGCGGAAACGAGUAUCACCACCUUCACCAUCAGCAGCAGCAGCAGCAACACCAUAACCGUCAGCAAUACAACCGACCACCGUACCAUCAUCGCGAGGCGACCCAUGACGCUGAUAUGCUCGAGUCGUCGUCCUCCUCCAGAGAUCACGAAGCCUACGAGCGAGCAGUAGAGCAAGACCACCGAGCGGCACACCCCAACGAGUACGCAGAAUAUAGCCACGAGCACAUGCACCAUCAUCAUCCGGCCGACGACGGUCGGGAGGACGGCGGAAGGGAUUAUUGAAUCUGCGUUGUACAACCGUCAGUUUCCGCGCGCCAACGACGGAGACGUGGCGAUCGACUGAUAAUGUAGAACCACUUGUAAUUAACUAUUUAUUUUAAACUACCUACUUACACCCGUUGCGCACUGACCGCGCUGUUAAAGCAUUGUCUCGCGCUUCUUCACCGUGUGAUAGUGAAGAAAAUAGCCAGAAUGUAUAAUAGAAACUUUGAAUGUAGCUUUCCGUGUUUCCUCGGCUUCGCAACAGAGCACGAUGCUUGGCCGGGCUGAUCUAAUUACAAGCUGUGCGCACAUACCCUAAGUGUUGACUAGUUGGUAAGUUGCAGGCAGGUAGACAGCGCAGUGAUAUGCAAAUUACAAAGUAUAGAUUCUGUAAACGAAAGUGAACAAUAAAAUAAUAAUUUAUAUAGUUUUUGAUGA